UCAGCCUCAGAGCCAAUGAAACGCGAGAUAGAGAUUGCGAAGGAUAAGCUCACCACAUUUUCCCGCUCUCCCUUGACUCUUAAAUUGACACUCCCCAGUCCCCAACACAUCACGCCUCCUCAUCGAAUUAACACCUUUCCUUCAUCACUCACUUCUCUGCUCUUGCUCCAGUUCAUGGCUUCCACCAUGGCGCUCUCCUCCCCUUCCUUCAUUGGCAAGCCCGUCAAGCUCGCCUCCUCCGAUGGCCUCGGAGGUGGUGGCCGGUUCACCAUGCGCAAGACCGGGGGUAGGCCAAAGCCUGCCUCGGCCAGCCCCUGGUACGGCCCCGACCGCGUCAAGUACCUCGGCCCACUCUCUGGUGAUCCCCCCUCCUACCUCACUGGAGAGUUCCCCGGAGACUAUGGAUGGGACACUGCAGGCCUCUCCGCCGACCCCGAGACCUUCGCCAAGAACAGAGAAUUGGAGGUGAUCCACUGCCGGUGGGCCAUGCUCGGCGCGCUGGGCUGCGUCACCCCGGAGCUACUCUCCCGCAACGGUGUCAAGUUCGGCGAGGCAGUGUGGUUCAAGGCCGGCUCGCAGAUCUUCUCCGAGGGCGGGCUUGACUAUCUCGGCAACCCCAACCUGGUCCACGCACAGAGCAUCCUGGCCAUAUGGGCGUCCCAGGUGGUGCUGAUGGGGGCCGUCGAGGGGUACCGGAUCGGCGGCGGGCCGCUCGGUGAGGUGAACGAUCCACUGUACCCUGGCGGUAGCUUUGACCCGCUGGGACUCGCCGACGACCCUGAGGCCUUCGCGGAGCUGAAAGUGAAGGAAAUCAAGAACGGGCGGCUCGCCAUGUUCUCCAUGUUCGGAUUCUUCGUGCAGGCCAUCGUCACCGGGAAGGGACCGCUGGAGAACCUCGCUGACCACCUCGCCGAUCCAGUGAACAACAACGCCUGGGCCUACGCCACCAACUUCGUCCCUGGCAAAUAAGCAAUGUAAUUAAUGUUUGGGUCGAGACUGAAAACUCAUGUGCACUAUUUAUUAGGGAAUCACUAGUGUGUGAAAUUGGAACUUUGUAAUGUACUCUGUUCCUCCUUUGUUUAGAUGGAUUGUAAGAUGGGAUGAUCAAUCUGUUCAGUAAGAGAAAUCUAAGUCUAAAUAAAAUGUUUCGAUGUUAGAUGUCCAUUUCAA